GGGCCACUUCAAUCCAAACUUGGAGUCUUUAUAUGCAGGUACUAUACCAAAAUUUUGCUUUAUGAAGGACGUAGUAAGGGCUAAUAAUUUGUUUCAAAUAUUAUAUAGUUAUGAAUGUUCCAACUCGAAGUCAAAUAAUUUUUGUUAAUCUUGUAAAAAUCUAAUUAAUUAUAAAAAUGUAUAUAAUGAUUGGUCACAAUUGUGAAUUAAAAGUGCUUUAUAGAACCUAAUCCAUGAACCAAUCGAACGGUCCCGAUUGAGUUGGAUCGCGAAACCCGUUUCUUCGAAGCCGAAGGUCAAGAAUAUGCUUCAUACCCAUCUUCGUAAGCGGUGAGGAUUGGUUCUUCCUCUGAAUCGUGUACAGUUGAUCGCCUUGAGAGAGAGAGAGAGAGACAGAGAGAGCGAGGAAAUGGCUACACCGUCUUGGAUUCAGUCCUUCCUGUCUCCAUCGAAGAACUGGUUUGCAGCUCAGCACAUGAAAGCCGUCUCUAAACGUCUUCGCAAAUACGGGCUUCGAUACGAUGAUCUGCAUGAUCCGAUGGAAGAUUUGGACAUUAAGGUUGCCCUGGAUCGCCUUCCCCGCGCGGUCGUCGAUGCCAGGACCCAGCGUCUCAAGCGCGCCAUGGAUCUCUCUAUGAAACACGAGUACCUUCCGGAGCAUCUUCAGGCCUUGCAGACACCAUUCAGAAGCUAUCUUCAGGAUAUGCUGGCUUUUGUUAAACGGGAGAAUGCAGAGCGUGAAGCAUUGGGAGCAUUGCCUCUCUAUCAGCGAACACUUCCCUGAUUGUGUUCUUUUCUUGUUCCAGCUAUUCAUGAUUGACAUAUAAUUUUCUGGAUCAAAUAAGAAAUUGCCUGUGUCUGGUAGAAAGUUUUCAAGGACUCCCAAGUAUUUAGAAGUCAGUUAAAUGUUAAGGUGUCUUUUGACUGGUUUGCACAUUGUCGUUGUCAGGCAACUUCAAAUAAUGACGUGCUCGGGGCCUUAUUUUGGGUUCAAAAGAGAAAA